GCGGAGAAGAAGACGCCUUGACAUCAUAUCAAAAAAUAAAAAAAAAGAUUUGAUUUUAAUAUCUAGAAAAGGGACUCUUAAAAGAUUGUUUAUUUUCUAUUGGAGAUGCGAAUAUGAUUAAGAUUUUUCAUGUAAACUACUUUUUUGUGUUAUAUUUUUUUUUAAUAUAUUGAAUGAUGAAAGUAUUAAAUAUAAAAUACUACCAUUCAUUAUGACUACAGAGUUAAAUAAAUAAUUUAAAUGACUUAUUAUUUUUUUUUCUUUUAGUCAAACAACAACAACAGCAACAACAAGUCGAUUAUCAUAUUCUUCAAAUAAUAUAGNAUAUAGAUAUCUCUAUAACACCAAUAGAACAUAAUGAUCAUAAAAUAAAUGUUUUAACAUUUUUUGAUUAUAUUAUUAAUCCAAAUCUUUCAAGAUCAUUACAAAAAGAGCUUAAAGCUGCUAGACAAUUAGGAUUACUUGUUGGAGUAUUUACUGUAACAUGGUUACCAUAUUUUAUAUUAUUUUUAAUUGUUGCAUGGUGUCAUAGUUGUGUAUCAGAUACUGUUUUUACAAUAUCAAUAUGGCUUGGAUAUAUAAAUUCAACAUUUAAUCCACUUAUUUAUCCAUUAUGUAAUACACAUUUUCGUCAUGCUUUUAAAAAAAUUCUUUUUUGUAAACAUGCAAAAGCAAAAAUAACAAAUCAAACUGCAUUAUCAGAACUUUAUGCCUUACAUUCAAUACGUCGUCAUCGAUAA